CCAACCACCUCCAGCCUGCUGACAACACCGAAAACAAACCCAAAGAGCGCGUCCGCCUAAUCGGCUGAAGGCUCGGGGAAGAUCUGUCCGAUGAUUAGCCCUCUCCGACAGACGGGGAUUAAAGCUGCUGGCCUCUAAUUAUUAUAAAGCAUUCGUCAGCACAUUUCUCCACCCAUUUCAGGGGCCCGGCAGUAAAGCGGAGGCGGGGAGUGUGGAUGUCCUGUUAGGUGCCUGGAGCCGACCAACGUCGGGGGACGCAGGAACUGGGAAAUCCUCCCGAGGCAAGUCCCACGACGCAGACACGCCACGCUCCGCUCCGCUCCCUCCCUCCCUCCUUCCCUCCCCACGCUGGCAUCCUGUGCUUUUCGGUUCAAGAUGGCGGUGCAGGCAGCAGAAAAGGACGGAAUAAACAUGGACGGGGAUCACACGCUGAACGACUCACUGGAGAACCCCGGUCUGAUCUCACCCGACAAGGAGGACUUAUCCCGUCUUUUGACGGUGCCUUUCAGCGGGCGCAUCCGCGGCGGAAUGCGACCGGGGAAGAAGAUCAUAGUGAUGGGCAUCGUCGAUCUGGAGCCACACAGCUUCGACGUCAGCCUGACCUGCGGACGGGAUUCGGAAAAGGAUGACCCGCCGUUCGACGUGGCCCUGAAACUCACCGCUAGCUUCGGCAACCGGCAGUUUCUGCGGCACGCCCGCGUCUCAGGGAAAUGGACGGAUGAGGAAGCUUCCACCGCCUACUUCCCUUUCAUCCCUGACCAGCCUUUUAGGAUCGAGAUCCACUGCGAGCACCAGCGCUUCCGGAUAUUCGUGGACGGACACCAGCUCUUUGACUUUUAUCACAAAGUAAAAUCCCUGUCCUCAAUCGACACAGUACGGAUACAAGGAGACCUACAGAUCACCAAGCUCGGUUAACGCUCCCUGCUCUUCCCACUCGCAGGAGAUCUGUUUUUGCGUGUGUGUGUGUGUGAAGCAAAGACUUGAUCACAAAUGACCACACACACUAGCGCUUUACAUCGUCCCCGGUAAGCCGUCGUGCAGCGCUGCAGCAUUCCAUGUUGGGGGUGAAAUAGCUCUCUGUUUAGGAUCUCUCAACUGUUUUUCUUCGGUUGUGAGGAUACAACGUGUUUCUGCUAAGUUUUUUUCUGUUUUUGUUUUGAAGUUUAUAUCCAGUCACUAAUUUAAGCACUAAAACCCUCGUAAGUAAAAGCAAACCUCUAAAAUUAGAAGAUUGUUUGCGAGGAAAAUUUGAGUUCAAGAUUGGAAAAUGUACUGUUUGUUUGGAUUAUGGCCUCUGCUUUCAAGGAUUCUUUAAUAGAAAUUAUACUUCAGAUGAAAACAAAUAAAUCUGCUCAUACUGUUCAACAGUCAAAGCAAAUUUACCAGUAACUGCUGCACAAUGGGUUUUACUCCAGAUAAAACUGAUGUCAGGAAUAUCACAGUUUGUUUUUUUUUCCCCUGUAUGUUUGGUUUCCAUUUGUUUCAAAGCUCAGAGAUGUCAAUUCAGUUCAAAUUUAAAGUCUUAUUACUGCAGAACUAAAACUUUCCGGCCUAUUUGCUACUUUCCGCCGUUGCACUUUCAACUCUUGUGCUCUCCGUGAGGUUUAUCCUAGUUUACGUGAUGAUGUGCUGCAGCCUCCCCGACCUGAAUACCUAAAAACCAGGAUUAUAUCGAGACGGCCCAUAUUGCUGUGUGCUGCGUUGGCAGGCGGAUUUCUAGCGACUCCUGCAGAUGAAAAGCAGAAAAUCAUGUUGAAAUGACUUAUUUUGUGUAAUUGGCUUAACUUCAAGAAAAUCCUUCAAACCUGAAAGCAGGGCCACGUCAUUGGCUCUACUUUGAAUGUACGGUGUGCAUGUUUCCAUGGUCGUGCAGACGACACAGCGAUGUACAUAAUUCAUUUAAAAUGUUUAAUAGUUUGGUUGUUUUUGCAGUGUGGCUGUCGAUGUCACAGUUCAGGAACGUGUGUGUGUGCUUUUUAUUUGUGUUUUCUGAAUCGUUCCACAGCAGCUCAUAGCGAGGCAGAGCUUUAUUGUCACCAGCGGCUCCUUCUAAAGUCUUACUAGUAACAAUGCGAUGCACCAGUCUGUCACUAUGACUGUUCCGCUACGUGCAGAAGAACCCUUUUUUUUCCCUCGGUUAUGACAAUUCUGCACUAAUUGUCGUAGUAAAACUGCUGAAAGUCGUACUUCCCGUUGGUGCUGCGAUUGCUCCUCGUCCAGUGUUAACAUUUUUACAGGGUUGUAAGUUCCUGCUGAAGCUCCAUAAGAUGAAAUGUACUAAAAUUUCACAGAGAAAGCAAAGGCUGUGGGUUGCCAAGUUGGGCUAUGCUGAUUAAAAUAUAGCAUAUUUUAUCAACCGCCAUGUUACUGGGUGGUCAAUUAAGUUUGUCGAGUAUUACUUUAAAAAAAUAUUCGGCAUUGAUGUUGCAUCCAGUUUCUCUGAAUUCAGAACAUGCAUCUGGAAAUUACAUCAAAAUUUGUUGAAUUGUUAACUGUUAUUAGCAAAUAAUGCAAUUAUCUCACAUCAGUGUGCUUUAACACUAAAGAGACGUGUUCACAAGCCGAUAUCGCAGACUGCUGUGUUUGUGGUUGGGUUUAAUGUAAAGCAAAAACAGUUUCUUGCUGCAAUGUUUACUGUAUUUAUUUGGUGGAUACCUCCAGCUUUGUAAAGACAUCAAGGGGCGUUCUUGUUAUAAUGAACCAGCUGAAAUGUUUUUUUUGUUUUUUUUUUUUCAUAAUCUUGCUCUAAUGUCAUGAAAUAGAUAAUGGUAGCUUUAAAUAACCAGUCACAAAGCCCAAUUUUUGCUGUGGAUAGACUAAAACUGAUCGUCUAGAAGAAAAAUUGCCACUGAUUGGUGACAUUGAUCUAGACUGAACCAGUCUCGGGCCUUGUACACACGUAGCCAGGUCUUUAUAAAAACAAACGUCUCCGUCACAUUGUUUAAAAAAAAAAAUUGUACACAUGAAAUCUGUUUCUGAAAAGUUUUCAUCCACAUUAACUUGCAUAAAUACGCCUCUGAGUGUUGUUUUAAACAUGCCAGACCCACAGAGGGCGGUGUAGUGCUAAGCUAUAACCAAUGUCAGCCAAUCAUUUUGAUUGAUUGGCUGAUUGCUCGAGAACAACUUCCUGUUGGGGAUUAAACAUGGCGCCAGGAGGUAUAUUUUUGUGGAGAGGUUGAACUGCUCUUAAAUCGUAUUUUAAUGUGACGUUAAAAAACACAAAACGAUGUUGAUUGGGAAUCAUUUCAAAGUGAGCAUGUGGCUAUGUUGGCUCAUGAAUACCCAGGACUCCAAGUCUCAUGUACACACGGAAAGACAAAUAUGGAGGUUUUUUUAAUCAGAGACUUUGGUCUGAUUUUAUAUAAAUGCGUGACUUUAGUGAUAUUAAACAGCUUUUGUGAGGGAGAAAGGCCAAAAUGAAUAAAAAAUGUUGUUUUCCUUGAUAUCCGGCUACGUGUGGACUAGGCCUAAAAUUCAAACAAAACUAGAGAACAAUGGUUUGUUUGUUUGGUUUUUUUUCUUGUGAAGGAUAUUUUCAGGAAAAUUUUGUAGAAAGAAAUUUGACCUCGGACACCGUCCGGUGUACUCCACGUCGAUCACAAAGAGUUCAAAGGUUUUUCUGUCGUCGCUGCUGUGAACCUGGAGUAAGCCAUGACAUCUGUGCCCUCGGCGGCGCGCUGACUUCAUCCGCCAUAUCGCUUUUUUACACGUUUUCUUUUUCUCCUCAUGCCGCAUCCAUCAAAAUCUCUCUGUGUGCACCAACUGUUCGUUCCCUCCCUACUGUAGCAAUAAAUAACGUUGCUGCUGUGUGAGCGAAGGCUGGUCUGAGGCAGAGCGCCGCUUUGAACCGGGUCUUCCUGAGUUCAGUCCUCGUUCUUCGCUGGCAGGCGUUUCGUUUAUUUCGGACACAAACGGAAGACGCGCGCGGUGUGGUAUGCGAGUGUGCCGAGAGGUCAGAUCAGAUCUGUACAUGAUGUGUAAAUGUGCAUUGAUGGUGUUUGGUAUACUUCCUUGUGUUUUUUUUUUUUUUUUUUAAAGUUUCCGAACAGUGACUAUUGCUACUGCUGCAACAUGUUGAUAUGGUCUUACGUGACGAGUGAGAGUGACUCGGUGGUAGAUGUGUGUUCAGUUCAGUGUCAUGUUUUUGGUUCUCGGCUGUUUGCAGAGUUGACUGCUGCAGGAAUUAUGGGGGAGGGAGAUAAACAAUUGUGAAAUUAUAGCUCUGUGUUUAUGUCAAGCUUUCUCAGCUGGGACUCUCUGCGCCUGUCAUAAUUGGUCAUUUGCAAGUUCGUUUUUUUGUUUUUUUUUUAGUGGGUUGUACUAGGCACGGGUCUAAAUCAGAUCCUCACGGUAUGACGUUGCCAGAACCAAAGCCUUUUAAGAUAAAAACAAAUGCAUAACAUUCUAUGGUUGCUUUUAUUUAACACCAUAAAAGUUCCUACUGCUGCUAAAAUAGUGGAGCAUAUUACAAGUUUAAUAACAUCUAUAAUAAUUUUUCGUUACACUGAUUUCAAAACAAAGACCUGAGCAAAACUGCGACUCCUGAAAUCAAUGCUGAUCUUGGUUGGAUGGCUCUUUUUGGGUAGGAUUGUCAGUCUUAAAGGAGGCUUAUUGUGCAAAAUGUGUAUUCUGCACUUUUUGUACUUCCGUUCCGAGUUUCUACUGCUUCUAAAAACAGCACAAGUGCUUGGUGGGGGGAAAAAAUCCACCCAGAUGUUUUUUGGUGUCUGGAAAAAUGACCCGUUUCAAAGUCCUCCACAAAGUAACGAUGCAAAUCAGCAGGAACUGCGCCUCACCUAGUAACCCAAGCCGAACUCCAGCAUGUUGGUCAGCUGGUUUUACCGAUGUGUGCACUGUACAAUGGCUGCUGGAGAGUUUUGUUGUUGACUCACCAUUCA